AACAGUAACACUCUAGUAAAGUAAAUCAUAGAUUAAAUUUAAGUGUAUAAUCUAUGGACUCACUUAAUAACUCCAUGUUUAGUAUGUAGUUUGUGGAUUAUUUAUUUGAUUUGUUUAAUUCAUAAUUAUCACACUGCCUGAUUAGUGUGUGACAUUAAAAAAGGAAAAUAAUAAUAAUUUCAAUGUGCUUUUCGAAUGUAAUAUAGAUUAUUAAAGUAGUACUAAAUACUCUUUUGAAUUACCUACAAUUUGAUCCAUGAUACGGUCUAAAAUGUGUUCAGUGUUCUGAAGUGUUUUAUUUAUGAUCACACUCUUCAAUAAGGAAAUCUAUGUGAUACCAAAUCUAUCAAAAUGAUGGUCAAAAUCUCCGGCCUACCACCCAAUAUAAAAUGUUAUGAUGUAAAGACGUUAAUUAAGAGAGAAUGCAAUAUAAUUGAUAUAAUAUUAGAUGAUUUAGUGGGCGAUGUCAAUGCUUGUAAGACAAUCAGGGUCGGUCUGGCUGAUGAUGAAGAAGGAUGCCGUGUUAUAAAGUGCCUCAAUGGGUUCCGUUUCGGGGACAAAUACAUAAUUAAAGUUGAACAAGUCUGUAAAUCUUCGUCAUCGAACACUAAACAGACUGACUCUGGUCCUGCAGACAGAUACCAACCGACAAACUAUCACAAUUAUCCGGGAACGAACAGUUCUAAUGAUCAUAAAAUAGGAUAUCCAUCAAACAAAUCCGGUAACCAAUCGUUAACAUCCCAGGGCCCUGGUAACUAUGAUAAGGGGCCUUAUGGUUCACAGGGACAUUGGAAAGAGUCAUCACAAUAUAUUACAAAAACAGAUGACUUCAGAGCAUCAACGAAUUUCAAUGUCGACCAAGCCGGCUACCAGGCUGGCCACAACCAAAACCAAUGGGGGAAUAAGAACACAUCGCGACCGCAGAAUUUCGAUUCAUUCACAGCACCUAAUCUAACUAAUACAAGGGACUGCCGUAGCCCUGAUCAGAGCCGAAGCGUAACAAUGUCGACGCCGCUCUUAACAAAAAUACUACAUAACCUAACCAAUCCACCACAGCGCUUAAUACAAAACGAUGGGUCGUCAUCGCCUCCAAGACGUAAUUCAUCGUUUGGAAGACAAGAAUCAAGGAAUAUCGGGCGACCGCAGUCUCCCCGUGAAAAUCCGCCUCAAACACGUCAUCGUCAACCCGAAAGACCUGUCUCGCCAGGAAAACGAGCGAUGCAACAAGGAUGGCAAAGUGAUUUCAAGCAAACACCACAAAGGACCAAGGAUGUUCCAUCGAACCGAAAUAUAUCGCCGCCUGGUCAACGUACUCCUGCUGGCAGGCCAAAGUCGCCGUCUUGGACAGCUCCGAUCAGAUAUUCCCCGCCCAGAGCGUCAGCUAGACAACAAUUUCCUUCAAGUGCGCGAGUAUUCGAUUUUCGUCGGCCAGGUGAGAAAUCUAUGAGUGGUCCCCAUGUGAUGCAGCCUCCGGGACCAACCCAGCCAGGGUACACGAACGUAGACAACAAAAACGUAAGGUUUCCUCCAUUCGUUCGUACGAAUAACCCAUACGAACAAUAUAUGGAGAACAAUCCGGCGUCAAGUCAAGCACGACCACAGCACAUCCAGUCGCAAGAAACAAUCCAACCUAUGUACUCAGGUGGCUAUCCGUCAAGUCAUAAAGGAAACGCUUCACAGCCGGCAUGGGGACCAGUUCAAAAAACAUCGUGGCAACAAGAGACGAAACGUGUUUUCGACCCGAAAUUGGGAGACAACGUAAAUUUGCCUCCACCCGUUCACAUGCGAUCGCCGAGAUCGCCCGUUCGCCGAGGUUCUAGUAUCGGCCAACCCGUCUGGGGCGAGACACACAACGUGCAAGCUGACAAUGCUCGUAACCCCGGCUGGAGACCAGACCCAUUUCAAGAAACCGUCGCCAAGAGACAAUCUGGCGCUGGCAACGUGCAACGUUUCGAAAAUAGUUUAGGAGGUCGGAGUGACUUUUAUGAAGGGAUCCAACAUCCACCACCCGGCUCGUUUCGUUCGAACGUGGACCCUCAGACGAACGAUUACCGCGAGCCGAAUAGCAGCACCAGGAGUUCAAAGGAGAGUUUCCAAUUCCAGCGGAUGCAACGGCCAUCGUCCGAGAUGCAGGAAGGUCCGCGCUGGUCAAAAGGACGCGAUGAACAUCGUAACGAUUUCGGUGACGCGUACAAGAAGAACCGCGAUUUGAGUUCAGUUCCAGGCUUAAGAAGUAUCGAUCACCAGAAUUCUCGCGAUCACGAAGCCAAUCGGCCAAACAGCCAGACCCAACUAUGUGCGAGACCUCCAGCAGAACCCGAAUGGGACAUCGACAGGAUGAAUGAUCCAAUGAUGAAUCCAAAACGCGACAAAGCGGUCGAAGCAAUAGUCAGUACAAUACUGAAGAAGCACCAGUAUUUAGCCGAAUGCGGCGAUGAAGAGAGGAUACGUGUGAUAGAAGAACUCAAGAACGAACUCGGGCAGCUCUUCAUAGACAUGUUCGGUGAUCGAGACAUCUCUUACAUAGAGAUAAUGAUAAAAUACAAGGCUAAAUUCGGCGACAAAGAUGAGGAGGUCAUGAUUGAAAACGUACUGUCGAAGCUGUCCAUCGAGAUGAGAUGCUUAAAGAGAUCAGCGCCAGAACCAACCGAUAUUCCCGCGAAGGCAGCCCGCCGUUCGCCGGAGCCUCAGAUGAAUACAGAACAAUUGACACCUACAAUGAGCGAAGCCGCGAACGAUUACAGACGGUCAUCGCGGUCGGUGAAUAGAGAAAGAAGAAGCAGCUCGUACACGAGGAGAGAUCGAUUUGAUAGGCCUGGUCCGUCGCAAGACUACCGCUUGUACAGAAGUAACAGACGAGAGUCCGAGAAGAAGUUAAAAGAGAACCAGAGAAAUGAUGUCAGAGAUAACAUACGUAGAGUUGCUGUGAUCAACAGGAACAAGAAUGCCGUGAAUCAAAAUAGAACUACGUUUGAGGAACUCUACAGGAAGCCAUAUGUACAAGUGAGAAAAGCUGUAGAGGAUCAACCAAGAGCAACUCCAAAUGAUGUUAGCGAACUACCUACGCAAAUGUCGAAAACGGUCGACGGCGAACCAGACGACCCCAUGAGGAAUGUACUGGGGCCGAACUUGAAGAAGACAUUCACGGGAGUAUACAAUCCUCUGAACAUGAAGUUAUCUUUCGACCGGCUACCGCGCAAGGCGGGCGUGUCAUUAUUCUUGAAGACGCAUAACUGCUGCGGCUUGAAGAAGAUGAAUUCUAAAGGCAUCGACUAUUGCACGCGAGCUCGCGACGCCAACACCCUCAAUAGGAUCUGCGCUCAGAAACAUUUCACUAUAGAUAAUUCAAACGUGACGGUCACACCAAUGUACCGACACAUGAAACGUCCACCGUAUCCAAAAACUGUUUUCGAUGGCAAACAAAGACGAACUAUGAUUGGUCGCACUGAAAACCGAAAAGUAAUAAAUACAGCUGUGCCUUUUAAAGAUAAAAUUGAUGACAGACCGAAAGUUACAGCAAAAACUCGAAAAACAGAAACACUUACUCGCGAUACCAAAUCAGCUGAGGCUAAACAUGAUAUCACUGCGCUAUCCAAUUCAACCGUAUCCAAACUUGACGUUUCUAAAUCAAAAUCCAAUACGACAGUUAUUAAAGUUGGAAAUAAAGUCAUUAACAUAAAAGAGUCUACAGAUAGACGCGAAAAGCAGGGCGUCGAUGAUCCUAAGCCAAUUGUUUCGAUUAAUGAAGUUGCUAAAACUAAAUCGAAUACAACUAAAAAUGAAGUAGGAAACAAAGCUGUAAAAAUUAACGUACCUACAAAUAGAACUGAGAAAACUUUGCCCCAAAGCAAACAAACAACGAAGAGGUCUAACAUUGACGAGGACAACCUGUUUGCAAAGCGACCGAUUACAAUGACGACAACAUCGCUUGAAGAUGGAAAUGAUAACGAUGAAUUGAAUGACAGCGAGAUUCAAGAGUUGCUAUUGAGAAGCAUCAUUCUAGACGAAUGCGGCGGACCCGAUAAGAAAAUACCUGAUAAACAAAGCCUCGAAGUUGAAAGAGAAAACGAAUUGAGAAUGAAAAAGAUAAAUGUUGAUACUGAAGCGAAACCUUAUCUAUCUACAGGAAAAUCUCUCGCCGAAGAAAACGAUUAUGAUGAGCUGAAUGAUAACGAAAUAAAAGCGAUGCUCUCCGAGAUUAUCGUCAUAGAUGAAUGCGGCCUAGCCGAUAUGAAACCAAAAGAGACAUCUAAAAAAACGAAUGAGGAGCAAAUCGGUGUCAAAGUUAAAACGGAUAGUAAACUAGGAACGGAAAAGUCCGAUUUCCCAACGCUACCAAAUAAAUCGGAUGGAGCGAUAAAUGAAAAAUCCGAUGAUGAGUUAAGUGAUAGUGAGAUUCGCGCGAUGCUGGCCGAGAGCGUGGUCCUAGACGAAUGUGGCGAGUCGGACAGCGAAUAGGGCUGCUGAGACCGCAACUGUGUCUGUUCGUACCAUACAUUGGUGACGCAAUAACUGUACCAUAUGAACGUUUGUAAGAAUUACAAAUUGGAAUCGCGAUUUCAAAUAUUUUGUAUAAAUAAAGCAACCGACCAAACACACUCGGUGAAAAAUUAUACAUCUAAAAAAAUAAUAGCACAAUACACUACGAUUGGCAAUGUACCUACAUGGCACAGAUGUUCUUGAAAAUAAUAAAAGUAGCGGAAAUAUAAAUACAUACACAACAAACUUUAAAUGCUGUGUACAUAUUUAUUUUAAUUAUCAUUAAUUUUAUUUUAUAGCCAAACUUAUUAUAUAUAAUGUGCGGGUAGUUAACGUAAAUAGUCAAAUAAUUCUCAUACUGUUAAUUGUACGAAAUAAAACUACAGAAUGCA